CUCCUUCUUUCCCAAAGUCAACCAACUUGGCUUUGGAAAUGGCAAACGAGAUCGAGCUCCAAAGCACACCUCGGUUUCUACGUUCGUCAAAGUGUCUAUAGAAGGGAUGGCAAGGUGCAAGUUUGAUUCCUUGAGGAACACCCGCGAACAGUCUCCCUCCCUCCCUUUGCCCAUUCCUUAUGAGUGACGCUCGCGAUUGUUUUUUCCGCUCUCGCUCGUGUCCGUAACUCGGCGAAUCGGCUCUUCUCCCGUCAUGAGCCCGUCGUAUGCAGGGCAGGGAGAAGGGGUUCCGCAAGGGAGCUCAUCGUCGGCGAGAGGCGGUAAAAAUGCCUUGCAUGUGACAAGUGGGUGAGCUUCUGGUUGUGUUCUUGUCCUUUUAACAAGGGACAAGAUCAUCAUGUGGCUCUGGAGUGGGAGGAGCUACAAGAUUCGAUUGGACGGAUGACUGAGUCUGCCCAUUGACGGACGGAGACGAGCUUGCUGUUGAUGUCUUUGACUAAUCCGGGUGACACUUACUCAUCUAUGGCCCAUAUCCAAUUUGAAACCAGAGAGAUAAGAACCUCCACCGAUUAUCUGUAGUGUUACCUCUCAUCAGUGGUAUAGUGGUAUAUUCAGACAUCAUAACCCUGGACAUUCAAUCAUCGACUAGGAGGACUCACGUCAAUCAUGGAGAUGAUGACUCAAUCGCAUGCAUCUCACGUCAUUCAUAAGGACAUCUUUCUCAAUGGCCAAUUGCAAAGUCGCCAACCCACGCCUCCGGCCCUUCUGCCUCAUCCGCAUACAAAUGGAGGUCCACUUCCAGCCACAUCCUUGGCCUUGAAUGGCGAUGACCAUAUGCAAUAUCAUCCUCAUACGUCCAUGGUCCUGGACCACCACCAUCACCAGGGAUAUCCAUGCAACAAUGUUUACAUGAUCCCGGGACACGAGAUUACUCACGAUGUGGAGACGCUGGCUAGCAAUACCGUAUCUGAGUUGGUCUCGCUACAGAGUCUGAAUGGCGGUCACGGAGUAUACGAUGAGACGUCAUUCGUGCCCCAAGAGCACGAUAUUCUGUCUCAAAGUGUCUCCAUUGCAUUGGGCAACCAAAUGGGUCUGGAUCAGAAUGGAAACUUGGGCGGAGGUGAAGACUACCACGCCCAUGAAGCAGUCCAAGGUUGGGACCUAAAGUACGAACAACCCGUAGAGACCAGUUCGGCUUACAUCGGUGCCUACCACACUUCGGCCUCCUACACUAAUCCCGGUAUUCCCGGCGAGGUUAUGGAUUCCUCGUCCCUAGUCACCUCAUCCAUCCAGAUGCAAUCCGAAUUCGAUUGCCCAGUCUCGUAUAUGACCAUCGGAGAUGUCACCUCUUCCUCAUCCGGAGGCGAUCCAAACUUCCACCAGAUGCCUCAUGCUCAAGAUUCUGACCCGUUUCUCACGUCCGUGAAUGAAUUUGGCGAACCGGUGGCUGUUAUUCAAAUCCAAGCCAAUGGGGGCGUUUCUGGAUCCCCAGUGUUGAUUCCCAACGUCCCGGGUUUGGACGAUCUGACACCUGAGCCUCAAUACACUCUCAAUGGGAUGUCUUCCGAACAAUCUAGCUCAAAUGAGCUUUCCUUGCCGAGGAGCUCUUCUUCCAACUAUAUGUUUUCCACCAUGGCCUCUCCGACGACCGGAGUGUCCCCAAUGCCUGUUUACCAAACCUCGAUGGACUCAAGACGAGCAUCCAUCUAUGACACUGAGACUCCCGAUGCGUCCAGAAGAUCUGCAAGAUCGUCGACAAGCAACGGUUUGACUGGAGUCAAAACUGGAGUCAAGAAACCAGUGAACCGAGGAGCUCGGUUAAGUAAGGACACUUGUUGUGCCAAUUGUAGUACUCAAACUACCUCGCUCUGGCGGAGGAACAGCAAUGGCUCCCCUGUAUGUAAUGCGUGCGGAUUGUAUUGGAAGCUCCAUGGGAUUCAAAGACCCGUGCACAUGCGCAAAGAUAAAGUAUGCAACCGCAACCGCAAGGAUAUGGCUAGCUCAGAUGCCAAGCCCAAGAAGCCCAAGAAGCCCUUACCUCCAACUCACAAAAGGGCACCAUUAAAAGCCGAUGUCGCCAUGGGCAAUGGCUACUUCAUGAAAUCGCCGCCAGAAAUCCCUCACCUCGACUCAGUUGCCACUAGUCCGCAGCUGACGAACGAGGACGAAUCGGAAAGGAAAGACGAACCCUUUCCGCAUGCUCAUUACCUUUCCGCUAAAGAAGAGGCUGAUGAAUCUCAAGUUAAGACAUCUGAACACUUGUCCGUCUCUAGACUGAUGGAAAGUGGUUUUCGGCCUUCCCAAAUCAAUUACUCGCUUCUCCAGCUUCCCAUGUCUCAUCGAGGUGGAAACAAACGAAGACAGCAAACCAACGGCAACACUGCCGGCAAAUGAAUGAAUGGCCUUACGGGUUCCCAAGAGCAACACAACAAACUGAAGCCUUUCUUCUUCACACUCGUUUCCAAUAUUCGCAUGGGCAUUGUUAUCCAAUCCAAAGAUUCCAGCAAUUGUAAAGAAGUUACCAUUUGUGUUCACAUUCUGUUGAUAUAUACAGUAUUUAUAACGAUCGAUCUCCAUUCUGGCCUCGUGGUAAGAAAACAAUUAACUUUUAAGCCAAAACAUGCUUGAUAAUAUUAUACGUAACUUAGAGGCAUUUAUCCAUAUUUAUAUUGAAUGGAUUUUUAGAAAAUCAAAAUAACAACUCUGGCUA